AUGCUUGAUUCAAAUUCUGCUGAACGUCGACAAGAUCUUUUUCAAACAAGUACUGGUGUUGGUCAUCAAUAUCGACCAGGAUAUUAUUUUCCAUCAUCGAAUUUCAAGCGAGUUUUAACUGAUCCAUUACCAAAUCGAUUACGUGCUCCUGAUGAAGUUACACCACAAGAACAUUUUAAAACAACAAAUGCUGCUUUUUAUGAUAAUAAAUAUCCUCAACAAGAAAUAUAUAAUGAUCAAGUAAAUAUGCAUAAAAAAGCACCAGCCUUAUGGAAAGUAAAUUACAUGAGUGAUUUUGUUGAAAAACUUAAAGCACGUGAUUGGAGUCGUCCAUUAUCAAUGUCUCAUCAAAAAAGUGAAUAUAAAGAAGAAUAUGAUAUGAAACCAAAUAUAAAAGCAGAAUUAGAUCGUAUUGAUGGACAAUUACCUUAUUUAACACAAUCCGAAGCACCUGUCACUAAAGCUCUACGUGAAGAUCAACGGCAAGUAAAACCACCAUCAAUUGCUCGGACAUGGGAUCCAUCAGAACAAGGUGUUUAUACACUUCUUGAUCCUUAUUUAACAACAUAUAACAAAGAACAUCGUCGAUGGAGAAAAGAUGAAUGCCAAGGUAUUGGUAAAAAAGAUCCAUUAUCUUAUUGGGAUGCUGAAGAAUAUCCUAAAGCAUGGGGUUUUGGUAAUGCACAAAAUCCAUUACCUAUAGAUAGUGUUGAACGUGAACAAUUACCAAUGCGUGAUUCAAUAUGGUUUUCAACACCAACAAAAAUUCGACAAGUUCAUCAACCAGCACGUUUUAUUCCUCAUUCAGGUCUUACAACAGAAACUCGUGAACAAUUUGUUACUCCAAGUCAUGUCAAUGCUAAAGAUACGAAAUAUUGUCCAAUAGAUACUCCAUAUGUUCAACCAAUGUCAAGUUCAACAUCAGCUUAUGCUACUUCAGCUAUGUAUCGAACAGAUUCAAUGAAUUAUGGUAGUGAGAAACCAGUUACUUUAUCUGGAUGA